AUGGGCUGUGUAUGUUCAAAGUCCAAAGUAAAAAACCCUAAAACCCAAGAAACCGAUUUUUCGCAAGCUCCAUCCCAUCAUUCAUUUCCAAAGUUUGUAAAAGAAGAAACUAUAGAAAUUGCCCGAGGAUGGCGCUAUUUUGCGCCAUCCUCGGGCAAUUCAAAAAACCGGCCCCACACGGGAAUUGAACCCACGUGUGGAGCCAUUUUUGGUAUGUGUAAAACAUCGACUUACACGUACCAAAAAUGGCCCCACACGUGGGUUCGAUUCCCGUGUGGGGCCAUUUUUUGAAUUGCCCGAGGAUGGCGCAAAAUAGCGCCAUCCUCGGGCAAUUUCUAUAAAUACGAAACUCAGCUAAUUCCGUAGCAAUUAUACCAAAAAUUGCGAAAAUUUCCCCAAUCAUCAUAUAAUAUGCCAGUUUGAAAUCCAUCUGACUCAUAUGACUGCCUACAUUUUAUAAUAAUUAAUAUUAGAGAUAUUACAGUAUAAUUGCCUUAUCGCAAUUUCAAUGUGAUUUCUAGCAUAUUUGCUAAUAUUUUCAUAUCUAUUUUUAAACUCUCGCACAUUAAUGCUUAUAUGAGAGAAUUUUGAAAUAAUAUUUAUAAUUUUUUUGCUAGAAACUCUAUUUUUGAUAGAUCAAGGGUCAGUCAUUUAAUCAACAAUCAUGGGAGUAAGUCGCAAAAACAUCAAAAAAAAGGCUCCAGUUGCAGACAAUCGCAGACGAAUUGGCGUUGAAGACGUAGACGCUGCAACUGCCAUCGUCACAGAAAAACCUAAAACUGAUCGUGAAAAAGAAGACAUCCGUGAAGCACUUUCGACACAUUCACUGUUUAAUAACUUGCCAAGAGAAAAUGUGGAAUUGGUGAUUGAUCAGAUGAAACUUUUUGAAAUGGGACCAAGAGAAUUCGUAUAGCUUAUUAGAGUAAAUAUACAGGACUAGAAAUUGGUUAAAAUUUAUUAAAAUUCUUAUUAUAAGGCGCAUUAGCCAGGUAUAUUUGAGCAAGGCCAGCCUGGAAAUAAUUUUUUUAUCAUUGCCCUUGGAAGAGUUGAAAUUAUAGUUAACGAUCAACCCAAAGGUUUUCUCACAAAGGGCAAAUGCUUUGGAGAACUUGCAUUACUGCAUGACUCAGAGAGAACUGCAACUAUAAAAACAGUAGAAAGAGCAAGACUCUGAGGAAUCGGCCGCCAAGCUUUCAGAUCUGCUGUAGAGUCAGUCAACGCUAAAAAAUAUAGUGAAAAUAAGCAAUUUUUGGAAAGCAUCCCUAUGCCUUUUUCAUUAAAUACCCCAUAUUUACGGCAUUUUCCUUUAUUCACUUUAAAAAGCAUAUACUUAAUUUAUUAACUGAAGCUCAAAAAGAAUCAUUACUUGCUGUAAUGGUCCCAAUGGAAUAUUCCCCUGGUCAGAAAAUAGUAACUGAAGGAGAUCCAGGAGAUUUAAUGUAUAUAAUAAAACUUGGAACUGUAAGCUGCACAUAUAAAGGAAAUGAAAUUAGACAGCUAGGUCAUGGCGAGUUCUUUGGAGAGCAAGCUCUUCUCUAUGAUACUGUCAGAACUGCAACAGUUAUAGCGAUUUCUAACUCUACCUUUUAGAGUGUGAAAAAGCAAUAGAAAAAUGCUUAUUUUUGAAAAAAUCAACCGCUUUAAAAGCAAGCAAAAAAUAUGUUUUAAUAUAUCAUCUGUCGCUUUAAUUUCUUAACAGUUUUGAUAAGCCAAAAGAAGAAUUUUCAUGUGAAAUUUUAAAAUUUUCUCCCAUGAAACCCCCUUUUUGGCCUAUUCAGAACCAUAAGAAAAAUAAUGCAAAGCAUUAUAUUUUUUACCAAAUAUUUCAUAUAUAAUUAAUAAUUUUUUAUAGCAAUAUCUCUUGCUAAUUAUAUUUAAACCAAGUCUUUACAUUCUUAAAUAUAAAUUUUAUAAAUUAAAUUAGAUUUUCUUUUAAUUAUGCAAAAUAAUUUAAUAUAAAUUUUGAAAAAAUAAACCACAUUUAAAAUAAUCUUAUCUUAUCUUAUAGAAUUUAUAUCGCUUAACGUCCACUACGGGGUUACAACUCCAGGUUUAUCACUCGCCUUUCGUCGCAUCGGGCCACCAGCCUGCUGGAGACAAACUCGCUUCGAUCGCCAAGGUGCUUCUAGGGCAAAUGUCCACGUCUUCGACGGCUCAUGGAUGAGCUACUUGCUUGUACAUGGGUUGCUUUUCCGAAAAACCCAAAAAAAAAUGGAUUUUUCUGGUCGGCUAUCGGCAAAAAGAAAAAUGCAAAGCCUGGGACGUAACGCCCAGUUUCACGCUAGGGAGUUGCCCGAAUGGUCCAGAGGACUUUGCUGGGCUUCCCCUUUCCAACCUUACACCUUCCUUCCCCACGAGGAAAAAUCCACCCCUGAGAACAGACUAGGGCUAGGCUCUGAAAGCUACCAGAAUUGCUUACCUAGCAUUGCAGUCCAUCUCUGAAAUGGUAAGACCUUGCCGGAUAUAAUUAAAAUAUGAGUCGAGGCUGUAUGGCCGGGAGGCCAUACCCAGACGAAGACGCCAUAUUUUAAUUAUACAUUUAAAAUAAUCAAAAAAUCUUACUAGGAAGUAAAGUAAAAGUUCUAUCUAUUGGUAGAGAAAGCUUACAAAAAGUUCUUGGAGGUGAGCUACAGCAGCUGCUAUACAGAAAUUCACAAAGAAUCGCCCUAAACCAAAGCAAAACGCUAGCAUGCCUCACAUCUGUACAGGUAGAAAACGUCAUAGCCCAUACCCGAAUAAUCUCCUAUUCUGAUUCCCAAGUCGUCAUCCACCAAGGAACCCCAAAAAAAGAAAAAAUUUGAAUCGUUCUUCAAGGUAGGUUAAUCUCUGCAAAUAGUAGUCAAAUUUUCGAAAUUUUUGGCUGUGUAGGUGAUGAUAGUGAAAAAUCUGAAAAUUCUGUGUAUGAUACAGAUUUUAUUACACAAGGGGACACAACAUUGUCAGAAAUCACAUGGAAGGAUUUUGAGGCGUGCAUAGGUGGUCAGCUGGCUUCGAUAUCUAACCAUAAUGAGCUUUUGGGAAUUUUAAAGAGAGUUCAGCUGCUUAGAGCUCUUCCUUAUCAGAAACUAGAAGCCAUUUCUGCUGUUUUAAAGGUAAAAGAAUACCACGACCAAGAGCCUAUUUUUAUGCAGAACGAUGCCGGAGACUCUUUUUAUAUAGUAAAAGAAGGUCGGGUCGACAUAUUUAAAGAUAAUAUCUUUAUAAGGACCAUCAUAAAGCAUGAUUUUUUUGGGGAGCGGUCAAUUAUUCAUAACGAAAACAGAACAGCCACAGUUAUAGCUAAAGGAAACGCCUCAUGCUGGGUGCUGGACAGACAAGCAUUUAUAAACUUGAUUGACGAAGGGAUCAGGAACCAAUUACUGAAAAGAAUUCAGCUGCAGAAUGAUUCAGUGACGCUAAACGACCUCUGCAUUGUCAAAGGGCUAGGAAAAGGAAUGUUUGGUACAGUUUAUCUGUCAGUUAAUAAAAAAACUAAAAUUCCUUAUGCACUAAAAACAGUCCCCAGAAAUAAAAUCCAGGCCUUUGAAAUUUAUGAUAACUUGGUGCUGGAAAGGAAAAUUCUUCUACAGAUUGAUCAUCCAUUGAUCAUGAAAUUGGUAAAAACACUUAAAGACGCAGACAGAAUUUAUUUUCUGAUUGAAUUUGUCAGAGGAAAAGACCUAUUUGAUGUCCUCAGAAUCUUAAAUAUUUUAAGCAAUGACAAUUCACGGUUUUACGCAGGCUGCAUUAUGCUGAUGCUUGAGCAUCUGCAUGAGCGGAAAAUCAUAUACCGAGACCUUAAGCCAGAAAAUAUCAUGGUAGACGAAGACGGUUAUCCUAAAAUGAUUGAUUUUGGCACUGCGAAAUUUGUUAAUAAUAGAACUUAUACGGUUGUUGGCACACCUCAUUAUAUGGCACCUGAAGUAAUUUUGGGCAAAGGCUAUGGACUAACUGCAGACUACUGAACGGUCGGAAUUAUGAUCUACGAAUUUAUGUGUGGAGGAGUCCCAUUCGGCGAAGAAGAAGACGACCCCUACAAGAUCUACGAAAAAGUCCUAGAAAGAAGACUCAUUUAUCCUAACUUUAUCGGAAAAAAUUUCAAAGCUGCCCCUAUAAUUGAGGUUUUGCUGAAUAAAACCCCCGCGAUGAGAGGAACAUAUGAAACAAUUAAGCAGCAUCAGUGGUUUGAAGGGCUAGAUUGAGAUGGGCUGCUCGGCAAACAGAUCCCAGCCCCUCACGUCCCAAAGCUAGAAAGUAUUGACAGUGAGAUUGCUAGAGAACUGCGAAACCCGAAAGACAUUUUUCCAUAUAUGAAACGAGAAGACAGCAAAGAUACCAUUGACGCCAGGAGGCUCCGAAACAAAGCUGCACCUCUUCAUUGGGAUGACGAUUUUUAA